AUGGACAAUCUUACAGACCUCAAGCUCUCGGUCAACGAGGAAACAGGCGUUGCAACCAUCCAGUUCAACAGACCUGCAAAGCGCAAUGCUUUUGCGCAAAAGACAAUUGAUGAGAUGGUGGCCACUCUGGCCUACCUCGACUCAGUGGAUACUGUCCGCGCCGUUGUUCUGACUGGUGGACCAGAGGGCCAUUUCUGCGCUGGAAUGGAUCUCAAUGAGCUUGUUGAGCUUUCCACUUCCAAGGCUCAUCAGAUUGCCUUUCUCAAGGACCUGACAGAUGCUCUUGAUCGAUUCACCAAGCCCAUCAUCGCUGCUGUUGUAGGCUACGCGCUUGGCGGUGGUUUUGAGAUUUCGCUUGCAUGCGACAUCAUCUACGCCGCCGAAGAUGCCAUGUUUGGUCUUCCCGAGGUAAAGAUUGGAACGAUCCCUGGAGCCGGGGGUACACAGCGCCUGGCCCGUGCCCUUGGCAAGCACAAGGCAAUGGAAUUCGUCCUCACCGGUGAACCUGCCAGCGGCGCAGAAUUCGAGCGGCUUGGAGUGGUAACCAAGGUUUUCCCCAAGGCGGAUGUGUUGCCUUCCGCAACAGCCCUGGCCGAAAAGAUUGCAAGGCUCUCUGGUCCAGUCAUCAAGACGGCGAAGCAAGCUGUGUUGACAGUGGAAAACAGCACCCUGAGCGCUGGCAUGACCCAUGAAAAGGCCCUGUACUACUCGACUUUCGGCCUAAAUGAUUUCCAGGAGGGCAUUCAAUCAUUCCUCCAGAAGAGGGCGCCUACAUUCAAGCAUUCUUGA